UUUAUAUAUAAACCCUUCUAACUCUACGUUCUCUACCCACUGCACUCUUUCUCUUUCUGGGGUUUUAACUCAGCCUUCUCCUUCAAGUUAUUUUGUGAUUUUAUGCUCAAGGACUAAUGGGUAAAGAGAAAGUUCACAUCAACAUUGUGGUCAUUGGCCAUGUGGACUCUGGGAAGUCAACCACCACAGGUCACUUGAUCUACAAGCUUGGAGGUAUUGACAAGCGUGUCAUUGAGAGGUUUGAGAAGGAAGCUGCUGAGAUGAACAAGCGUUCAUUUAAGUAUGCCUGGGUUCUUGACAAGCUCAAGGCUGAGCGUGAAAGAGGUAUCACAAUUGACAUUGCUCUGUGGAAGUUUGAGACAACUAAGUAUUACUGCACCGUCAUUGAUGCCCCCGGACACAGAGAUUUCAUUAAGAACAUGAUUACUGGAACAUCCCAAGCUGAUUGUGCUGUCCUUAUCAUUGAUUCCACUACUGGUGGUUUUGAAGCUGGUAUUUCUAAGGACGGUCAGACCCGUGAACAUGCUCUCCUUGCUUUCACUCUUGGUGUGAAGCAAAUGAUUUGCUGCUGUAACAAGAUGGAUGCCACUACUCCCAAGUACUCUAAGGCUAGGUAUGAUGAAAUUGUGAAGGAAGUUUCAUCCUAUUUGAAGAAGGUUGGCUACAACCCAGACAAAAUUCCAUUUGUUCCCAUCUCUGGUUUUGAGGGAGAUAACAUGAUUGAGCGCUCUACAAACCUUGACUGGUACAAGGGUCCAACCCUUCUUGAGGCCCUUGACCAAAUCAAUGAGCCUAAGAGGCCAUCAGACAAGCCCCUCCGAUUACCACUUCAGGAUGUCUACAAGAUUGGAGGAAUUGGUACUGUGCCUGUGGGGCGUGUCGAGACUGGUGUCUUGAAACCUGGAUUUGUCGUGACUUUUGCGCCCACUGGACUGUCAACUGAAGUCAAGUCUGUUGAGAUGCAUCAUGAAGCUCUCACUGAGGCCCUUCCUGGUGACAAUGUUGGAUUUAAUGUUAAGAAUGUUGCUGUCAAGGAUCUCAAGCGUGGUUACGUUGCCUCAAACUCCAAGGAUGACCCCGCCAAGGAGGCUGCUAACUUUACAUCCCAAGUUAUCAUCAUGAAUCACCCUGGCCAGAUUGGUAAUGGUUAUGCCCCUGUUCUUGACUGCCACACCUCUCACAUCGCCGUCAAGUUUGCUGAGCUUAUUACCAAGAUUGACAGGCGUUCUGGUAAGGAGAUUGAGAAGGAGCCGAAAUUCCUGAAGAAUGGUGAUGCUGGUCUUGUGAAGAUGAUUCCAACCAAGCCCAUGGUGGUUGAGACUUUUGCUGAGUAUCCUCCUCUUGGGCGUUUUGCUGUCAGAGACAUGCGUCAAACUGUGGCUGUGGGAGUCAUCAAGAGUGUGGAGAAGAAGGAACCUAGUGGAGUUAAGCCAAAGAAGAAGUGAACCGUGCAGGAUCAUCCAUCUAGGGUAGUCUAUUGGCUUGACUACAAUAGAUGGUUUGUUCUUAGUAGUUCUUAUAUUUCUCAUUUACUUACUUUGUAUAAGUCUGCACCGUCGUCUCGCAACAUUUGUUCUCAAAACUGGGUUCUAGAUCGACGGUGGCAUGACUAUUUGGUAUUUCUGUUUAUGUUUAUGCUUUGAUUAUUAUGUUUCUGUGAGAAUGAUUCUAUUUUAUAUAUGGUAUUAAUGAAUGAAUUUUUA